GGCGCGCCUACCUGUCCGCGAUGAAUCCGAGGGCGGACGAAGGCCCACAGCCGCCGCCGACCUCGCACCUCAUGCGAUCGGCCGACGCCAACGAGACUAGACCAGCGGUGCGGAGCAGCACGGAGGCGGAGGCUCGGACUCGGACUCAAGCGGUGGGCGGGCGUACAAUCGCUAUCGAGAUCGGUCCCGGCGCCUGAGCCUCCCGCAUUCCGCAUCUAAACGCCGAUGGCGAUCUCUGGUCCAGGAACGGAAGGCGCUGCUCCUGCCUCAUCCGGGUGCCGAGGCAAAAUGGGCCGGCGGCUCUUUGCCCUGUCCGGAUUCGGAUUCGGACUCGGGUGCGGAUUUGGCAGGCGUGGCCGGUCGGCGCGCGCCUUGGCGGCAGACGCGUCGCUCGUCGACCGGACGACCCGACGUGCGUCGGAUUUUUCGCUUCGGCUAUGGAUCAUGGGGUCUGUUGUUCGCGUCAAUGGAGGCGGGCGUGUUGGGGAUGCAAUAUAGGCUGAGGUGGAGAGAUGGGCAGCGCUAGUGGUCCCAGAUUCAAGACCGGUAGCGAAGUACGCGUGCCACUAUUGCUGGAAAUUUGUACCACCCGGGAUGGACUCUCGCGGCUGGGACGGCGAAUAUCAUCGAACUUCACGUCACAUCAGGCUCGCGUACUAACAAAGGCCCUUUGUCUCUUUUGUUCGUAGCCGAAGACAGGCGAUGUGGUCUGUCUGAUGAUUGGCACGAAAUGAGUCGCGAUCACGACACCGUGCGCGACGCGUCGCAGGUCUUCUCGAUCUCUCUUAUCAGCUGCCUCGCUAAAGGCCCUUCGUCCGUGCUUACGAUCAUCAAUCGCAACGGAGACUGACAUGACGCGAGCCGAGCCCAUUGUCCACCCAAAAUAGCCAACUGUUGCAUGUAUUUAUUCCUCGCGUACUCGACGUGACGCGCUUGGCGUCUUGACUCGCGCCGACCGCAACUCCACUCUCGAAUAGACAAGUCC